AUGGUACCUGCAAUGAAUUUUGGAGUGGUUGUUGCAAUGACUUUCGAUGGAAUGUUUCUAGUCGUUUGUGCAUGCGGUACUGUGGGGCAAGGUUCGACUACGACGGGUUGGUAUGGAGUGUGGGUGCGGGUGGUGGAAUUUAAUCCGAUGGCAUUGAAUGAUACAAAUUAUAACCCAUUGCUGCCUUUAACUUACAAAUUAGCAUGGGGAGAUUACCAUGAUUUUCAUAAUGGAUACUUAUCUUCCUAUAAAAAAAAUCUUGAUACAGAGAUCUUCAUUUACUGGACUAUCUCAACCUUUUCAUUCCUGAAUUUACUUCCUGCACAGGUGGCUGCAUAUUCAGAUGGACAAGUGAAAAUCUUUGAGCUUCUAGAUCCACUUGAAUUGGAGAAGUGGCAACUACAGGCUGAAUUUCAAAACGUAAUUGAUUUUGUAUCUAAGUUUGGGAAUGUUUCAUGCUCGUCUGCGUCCAUCUCUUGGAAUCCACAAAGAGGUGAACUCCAGCAGUCAAGCUUUAUCUUGGGCUUCAGCUCAAAUAGCCCGCUUCUAAAUUCCUCCAAGGUUUGGGAGUUUGACCAGGAUCAUCAAAGAUGGCUUCCAGUUGCUGAACUUGCUUCGCCAGAGGAUAAGAAUGAUCAAGUUUUUGCAGUUGCAUGGUCACCAAAUAUUGGAAGGCCAUAUGAAUUGAUAGCUGUUGCCACUAACAAGGGCAUAGCCAUCUGGCACCUUGGUACAAACCCUGAUUCAAACGGGAGGCUCUUUACGGAGAAGGUUGCUGUUCUAUCUGGUCAUGAUGGCGAGGUAUGGCAGAUGGAAUGGGACAUGAGCGGGAUGACGUUAGCCUCUACUGGGAGUGAUGGCAUGGUUAAGUUAUGGCAGUCAGACUUAAACGGCAUUUGGCAUGAUCAAGCCAUUUUAGCGCCUGUCUUUCCUGAACAGUGACCCGUUUUCCUCACACAGGAAAAAGAACUUACCGUGUUCACGCUUGACAUUAGGGCUUCUUUGUGUAACUUUCUGGUGACAUGAUUAUAUUUCUUUCUAUGAAUUUGGAACGUGGAAUUUUGAGAUUAGUUUAUACUAAUCCAAGCAUCUAUUUUUAAAUGGUCAUCCUAUUUCGAAUAA